AUGGUCGAAUUAGUGGCAGGAACACUUCUCUCUGCCGUCCUUCGAGUAUUAUUUGAUAGGAUGGCAUCCCGCGAAUCCGUUGAUUUCCUAAGGGGACGAAAACCCAGUAAAAAACUCUUGUCCGAGUUGAACAAUGUGUUGUUGUUUGUGGGAGCGGUGCUCGAAGAUGCCGAGGACAAACAAGUUACGAAUUCUGGUGUGAAAAAGUGGCUUGAUGAUCUGAAGGAUGCUGUCUAUGAUGCAGAGGACGUCUUGGAUAAGAUUGCUACAAAAGCCUUACAAUCCAAAUUAGAUGCUGAAUUUGGAACCAAUAUUUCAAAUAGGUGUGAUUGCCAUAGUCGGCAUGGGGGGCUGGGCAAGUCCACCCUUGCUCAGCUUGUAUACAAUGACAAAAAGGUCCAAAAGCAUUUUGACCUUGUAGCAUGGGUUUGUGUUUCAGAGGAAUUUGAUAUGUUUAAAGUAACGAAAACAAUUCUAGAAGCAGUAACUUCUUCGACCAGUGAUAUUCAAGAUCUAAAUCGGCUUCAACUUCAACUAAAGGAGAAAUUGACGGGAAAGAAAUUCCUAUUCGUCUUGGAUGAUGUUUGGAAUAGGAAUUAUAUUGAAUGUGAGAUAUUAAGUAACCCCUUUAAAUCCGGGGCACAAGGAAGUAGGAUCAUCGUAACAACGCGUGAUGUUGGUGUUGCAUCAGCCAUGCUUGCUUUUGAAAUCCAUCAUCUAAAGGAGUUACAAGGCGAGGCUUGUUGGAAACUAUUUGCAAGACAUGCAUUUCUGCAUGAUGCUAACUCCUACAUGCAUUCAGAGUUUGAAGAGUUAGGUCGACAAAUUGUUGGAAAAUGUAAAGGUCUACCUUUAGCAAUAAAAACAAUUGGGGCCCUCUUGCGAUCCAAAGUUGAUGUUAGUGACUGGGAUGAGGUUUUGAAUAGUGAGAUAUGGAGUUUGUCAAAUGAAAUUCUUCCUGCUCUAAGAUUAAGCUAUAAACACCUUCCCUCAUAUAUAAAACGGUGUUUUGCUUACUGUUCAAUAUUUCCAAAAGACCAUCCCUUCAAGAAAGAUGAAUUAGUUUUAUUAUGGAUGGCAGAAGGUUUUCUCCACGAAAUUGAAAACAAAACAAUGGAAGCAGUUGGUAAUUAUUACUUUGACACUCUUGUAUCAAGAUCAUUAUUUCAGAAGUCGAAUGAAGAUGAACUAUGUUUUGUGAUGCAUGAUCUCAUCAAUGACUUGGCAAAAUUUGUGUCUGGUGAAUUUACAUUUAGGUUGGAGGUUGAUAGCCCUUCUCAUCUAAAUGUUAACAGGACUCGUCACGUGUCGUAUGCUACAGAUUAUUAUGAUAAAUUUAAGAAGUUCGAGGCUCUUCAAGAAGCUACGCAAUUGCGUACAUUUUUGGCAUUACAAUCAUCAGCAUAUUGUUUCUCCACAAAUAAAAAGUUGUUGCGUGAUUUAUUGCCAAUGUUAAGUUGUUUGCGGGUGCUCAACCUAUCUAAUUACAACAAUAUGUGCGAGUUGCCGGAAUCAAUUGGAAAAAUUACACAGUUACGUCAUUUGGACAUUUCUUAUUCGGCACUUAAAAGGCUGCCUGAUUCAUUAUGCAAGCUGUACAAUUUGCAAACAUUGAAGUUAUCUCAUUGUGGAGAACUUGAAACAUUGCCAAGAGAUAUGCAAAAACUCGUUAAUUUACGCCAUCUUGAUUUGACUGAAACACCCUGCAUAAUCAAGAUGCCGAUACAUAUGGGCAAACUAAAAUGUCUCCAGACAUUAACCAAGUUUGUCAUUAGCAAACGCACUGGGUGUAGCAUUAGAGAAUUGGGAGAGCUUGCAAAUCUUCGAGGAGCACUUUCUAUCUUGGAUCUUGAAAAUGUUGAAUCUUUCAAAGAUGCAGAAGGUGCAUGCUUGAGAAAUAAAAUGGACCUUAAAGAGUUGGCAUUAAACUGGAAAGAAGGUUCAAAUACUGAGAUUUCAGAAAGUCAAAGAGAUGUACUCAACAGUCUGCAACCACAUAGAAACCUGAAAAGUCUCACUAUAAAUUACUACAUGGGUGGAAGUUUUCCAAAUUGGGUAGGGGAUCAUUCCUUCUCUAAUGUAACGUCUAUUAAUUUGGAAAACUGUAAAUAUUGUUGCAGCUUACCAGCACUUGGGCAGCUACUCUCUUUACAAAACCUCACUAUUGUUGGUUUUGAUGGAAUUGUAGCAGUAGGUGAAGAGUUUUACGGAAGUACUGGUUCUUCUUCUAUUAAGCCGUUUGGGACAUUGAAAUUUUUAAAAUUUGAGCAGAUGUUGAAUUGGGAGAAAUGGUCUUCGUUUGGUGAUAAAAAUGAAGGAGGAGCUUUCCAUCGUCUCGAGAAGCUUUCUAUUCGGAGAUGCUCAAAGCUAACAGGAGAUUUGCCCAUUCACCUUCCUUCUUUGGGUAUCCUUGAGAUUAUAGACUGUCCGAAGAUGCUGGCUUCACUCCCAAGGGCUCCGGCUAUAUGUGAAUUGAAGCUGAGAAAUUGUAGGGAGGAUAUAUUAAGGGAACUGCCAAUUCAUGUUACGAAGGAGCUCACAAUUGAAGGAUUUGAUGCAGCGGAUAUGGGUGACUUUUUCUCGCAUAUGUCUCUUCCAGUGGGUGGUCUACCCUCUACAAUAAAAACUCUUGAAAUAAACAAUUGCAAGAAGUUAGGGCUCCCAAUAAACUUGGACUAUUCAUGCCUUGAAGUUUUGAGAUUGUUCGAUUGUGAUUCUCUCCGGUCCAUUCCAAUGGAUUUAUUCCCAAAUGUUAAGGAUCUAGAAAUCCGAAGGUGUACGGAUCUAGAAUCUCUUACAGUUGCAGAACAACAUCAACAUGAUUUAGUGGCCUUGUCGUCUCUAAGUAUCGCAAAGUGUUCUAAUUUUGUGUCAUUUCCGAGAGGAGGAUUGCACGCCACCAACCUUGGAACGUUAUGGAUCGAAAAUUGUGAGGGUUUGAGAUCGCUACCUGAGAAGAUGCACAUGCUCCUUCCAUCUCUUACUCAAUUUUGGAUAAUUAAGUGUACAAAUAUUGAGACGUUUCUAGAAGGGGGCUUGCCUUCCAGUUUGAAUAGACUUGUUAUUUGGGAUUGUGAGAAACUUGUUGAGAGUCGGAUGGGGUGGAGUUUGCAAAAUCUUGCGUCUCUUAGAUAUUUGGUAAUUGACGGUGGAUCGAAAUUAGAUGUGGUGUCUUUUCCAGAGAAGGGGUUGCUUCCCACAAAUCUGAUUAGUCUUUCGAUUUCUGGAUUCCCAAAGUUGACGUCGUUUGACAAGAAUGGGUUUAAGAACCUCACCUCACUUGAAUAUCUGACAAUUGAAGACUGUCCAAAGCUGGAGUACUGCAUGUUAGAAGAGGGGCUUCAACACCUCACUUCCCUUUCUCAUCUAUAUAUCAGUAAUUGUCCUUUAUUAACGAAGAGAAGGUGGUGGGAAAGAAGAAAAGGAAAAGAAUGGCAGCGCAAGCUUGCUCACAUCCCCUUCAAAAGAGUUGACGGAGAAUUGAUUUGA